GGGUCAGCCGCGGUUCAGAUUGUAAGGCGGCGUCAUGGAACGCGGAUGGCUCCAGGUCGGCAUAGCGCUUCUUUUCCUCGGCACCGCGCAGCCUUGGCCUUCGCCUUCAGCGCUCCUCUCAAGGACGGCAAGGGUUUUGAACUUCUUCCCGAUCCCGGUCAGUGAGGAAUGUAAAGCUGAAAACGGAAGGAGGACAGGAAUUUGCCUCAACGCUUACGAAUGCAGGAUAACGAGCGGGACCCCGCACGGGCCGUGCGCCUUGGGAUUCGGCGUUUGCUGUGUAUUCACUGCAACGUGCGGAGCAGUGGUUGAAAACAACAUUGUUUAUUUUAUAAACCCUGGCUUUCCUGGCUUGACUCAAGGUUCGCAAGAAUGCACUUUAUUAAUCAAGAAACUGGCUCCUGAAGUGACACAAUUCAGGCUUGACUUCAUCCAUUUCAAUUUGGGACAGCCCAACAGAAAAACUGGAGUGUGUGAUUCAGACAGGUUUCGGGUGACUGGUGGGAGUUCACACGAUAUAAAUAUUUGCGGGCAAAAUUCAGGACAGCAUUUAUACUUUGAUGUUGAGAAUAUAAAAGAUCCGGUUAAAAUUUCAAUGAACCUUUCUAAAUCAGAUCUCUACCGGAUCUGGGAGAUAAAGAUCACACAGAUUGAAUUUAACAGCAGAGCACCGGCAGGUUGUGAUCAAUACUUCCUCGGCGAAAAAGGAGUAAUCCAGACAAUGAAUUACGCCAUUAAUGGGAGGCAUCUAGCAGAUCAAGAUUACAAUAUUUGUAUCAGACAAGAAGAAAAGAUGUGCUCUAUUGUUUAUGAACCGUGUGAUGACAAUUCUUUCAGAAUUGGACCCUCUUAUAGCCAAGACGAUGAAGGUUCUGGUUCUGGUCCGAUCUCAAAUUCCAUUCGGGACAGCUCUCCGGAUCUGUGUGAAGAUAAAAUAGUCAUGGCAUGUGACACUGAAGAUUUUAUCUCUCCUGUGGGCAGUCCUGGCCUCUGUGAUCUGCUGCGUUGCGGUAAUACCUUUUGCAGCGGAAUCGAAGGACCUUGCCGAAUAGAGACGAGCACCAAACCUUUCAACAUUCGGGUGAAGUUUGGUCCUGGAUCCAGGGAAGAAAGCCCGGAAGACAACAUAGGAAUGUGUUUAAAAUAUGAACAACAACCGUGUACAUGAGUGACCUUUCCAAAUCCAUAAAAGUUGGUCGUUAUUUAUUUUACAUAAAAAAAAGACAUCGAGUUAAUUUAAUGAACAUGGCUGAAAUACUGUUCUUUGUGCUACUUGUUUGCUAGCCAGUAGAUUAAUAGAUGCAUAAUUUAUAUAUUUAUGGAUUAUUGCAAAAAAUUCUA